CAAAAUAAAAUAUUAAAAGUGCUUAGUGACAUACAUGCAAAUUGGUCAGAGCUCAGGCACAUAGGGAUGCUGCCUCGCCCUCCAGGCAGUUACAGCCAGUGUUUGUGUUCAGAGCAAAUCAAAUAUGUAUUCUGCUGUUAGUGAUGGAAUUGUGAACUAGUCUUGCAGGAUUAUAAAACAAACUGACAGAAGUUUUCGAAGUAUAAAGCCCGGGUGCAUUAAGGUUGUUUUUUUCUAAAGCAAAAAGCAGACCUAUUCCAGUUCAUAGCUGAAGAAAUUGCAAAAAAGACGACAAUUUUCCUGAAAAUGGCAUCCAGUAAGCAAGUCCAGGGCAGGUCCUCUGAGCUGAGGGUGGUGCUGCUUGGGAGGGCAGGGGACGGGAUGAGUGCCUCUGGAAACACCAUCCUGGGCAGUGAAGAGUUUCAAUCUGAUGCCAGCUCCUCCUCAUUAACAAAGGAGUGCAUGAAGAAAACAGCUGUAGUUGCUGGGAGACACGUUUCUGUGGUCGACACUCCAGGAUUUUUUCGCACAGAUCUCUAUGAAGACGAGGUUAAACUGGAGAUUGGGAGAUGUGUCUCCCUGUCCUCCCCGGGACCCCACGCUUUCCUCCUGGUGAUGCCGUUGGGUCCAUACACAAAGCAAGAGAAGGAAAUAGUGCAGGAAAUCCAGAAGAUGUUUAGUGAGAAAGUUAUGAGGUUCACCCUGAUUCUGUUCACCAGAGCGGAUGAUCUCGAAAAGGGCAUGACUAUCAAGAAGUACCUUAAGAGCAGCCAGGAGCUCCAGGAGCUGGUGACAAAGUGUGGGGGGUGUCACGCCUUCAAUAACAAGGAGGCGAAUCCCACCCAGGUCACUGAGCUCCUGGAGAAAAUAGAGAGCAUGGUGGCUGAGAACGGAGGCAGCCACUACACUGAUGAGAUGUACCAGCAGGCACAAACAGCGAUCAGACAAGAGAAGGAGGAGAUAUGUGGUUGUGCCCCGAUGUGGCUGUGUUUUUAAAUACAAUUUUUCUAAUAUUUUUGUAAGGCUCAUUCAGUCAAUAGUUAAAACAGCUAGAAUUUGAAUACAGUUGUCCACUUUUGCGAGCCAGGACCUAGGUAGUGAAUUAUUAGCAGCUUAAAACUUUCAGUAAUUUGACUAUUUAAUGAUUUCACCUGAACUAUAAACAGAAAUGAUACAGCUUCAUCUGCGUAUUGAUCUUUGCUUCUGGUUUACAUUGAAUUUGGUGCAUUGCUCAGUUUAAAGUUUAACACAAUUGCAUUUCAGCAACAUGAUUUCUUGCUCUUAUUGUAUUACUUGUAUUGUAACACUUAAUGUAUUUGCUUAUGAUUGUAAGUCGCCCUGGAUAAGGGUGUCUGCUAAGAAAUAAAUAAUAAUAAUAAUAAUAAUGA